AUGAAUAUUAUCAGAUCAAACGAGACAUUCUACACGAUAAAUCUCAUAUUCUUCUACGUCGUUGGUCCCUUAUCUCUAACGUUUAAUGCUUUGCUGCUUUAUAUGAUUUUCACAAGAACACCAGUGAAGUUUAAUGAGUUGUCGCUUCUGCAGGCCAAUAUUGCCAUUAUGGCUAUCAUUGGUGCAAUUUCGAUGAUGCUGUCACAGCAUAGGUCUUUAUCAGUGUCGGAUUUCAUUGCAGAAGCACUUGGUCCAGUGAAAUAUAUUGGUACUCCAUCGAUAAGCAGCCACAUCGCUUAUUUCCUGUUUUGGCUAAAUAUGUGCCUACCGUCUCUAACGUUAAUUAAUAUAGCUGUUAUACUCGGAAUGUUCGCUAUCCAUGUGCAUACCCGCAAAACACAUUAA